AGUGUUAAACUGACUGUGAUUGUGUUCAGACAUUUAUUGAGUGUCAAUAAUAAUUAUUUAAUAAAAAAAUAUUUUAUUUUAUAUUUUUAAUUAGUUAACAAAUAAUUAUUAUACACCAACAGUGUAUUAAAUUAAAUUUAUUUGGGAAUUUUAAAAAUUUAUUCAUUUUUUAAUUAAAUUUUAUCAAUUAAACAUAAAUAAAAAAAUAAAACAUUAUUUAUUUUUUUUUAAAUAAUAAAAAUAGAAAAUUUUAUUUUAAAAAAAUUAAAAAAUUAAUUUUUUUUUAAUUUUUAAACAUUUUGACAAAAAAAAAGAAAAGGGUUGUAAAUUUUUUGAUUUUAUUUUGAAUUGGGUAGUUGUUGAAAGCACGUGUACAUACGUUGAUUCAAUAAAAACGUAUAUGUGUUAUAUACGUACAUACACAUACAUAUAAAAUUAUUUGUGAAGAACUGCCUUGUAAAACGCACGUGCGUUUAUCUGUGUCUAACCGGUUAAUUUUUGACUUGGAAAAAUAAAUAAAUAAAUAAAUAAUUGUGAUAGUAAAUAUUGUAAUUUGUGCUGAACAAGUGUCAAAUAUAUAAUACAUAAAUAUAUAUAUUUAUAGAUAAAUAAAAAACUGGAUUAUUUUUAAAAAAUAGAUCAGUGUUGUGAUGAAAAAAUGAUUAAAGGGUCUGAUAAAGUGAAAUAUAUUGAAGAAAGUAUGGAGGCAAUAUUAGAAAGAGAUCAAAGAACAACAUCUCAUAGGGUAUUUGAUUGUUGUGAAAAUUUUGAUCAUUGUCUAAAUUAUAAUGUGACAAAUGAUAGGAGAAAUAAUAUUGAUAAUCAUGAUAAUUUUGAAGUAUCAAUGACUGAUAAAAAUAAUUUUAAUUUUCAUAAGUGCAAAAAUAUUAGAAAAAUUAAAAGAAUUAACAACGUAACAGUCAGAUAUUUUAAUUCAACAAUACUGCAGAGGUUAGUAUUUAGUGUUAUAUUGAUGCUGCUGGUGAUACCGGUACAAAGUGCACCAUCUAGAAUGAGUUCGAGGCAAAGACUAUCAAAACCAGCCUGGAUCAAUCCAUGUGGUUCUGAAAUUGAAAGAGAUGGUCAAUAUCAAGUUGAUACUGAUAGAAAUAUGACAGAUGAUUUUGAAAAUACUGUUGGUCCUACUCUUUCUCUGAUGAAACAGGCGCAUAGUCAUGCUAAACAUUUUCGUGAUAAGUUUCUUCAUGCAACUUUGAGAGUUGGUCCACUAGAAGCUACUCAGAGUUGGAGAGAUAUGCGUUAUGAUUGGCUACCAACAUUCGACCAAAUACCAAAACACCUAGGAUUAUUAUUGUCACCUGAAUAUUUGGAAAAAAUGGAAAUGCGAAUGCUUGACCAAGUAUUUGUAAAUGCAUAUAACUAUUUACAAAUAUAUUCUGUGGCCAUAGAACAAAUUGUUUGGGAUCAAAAAGAUCGUCAGUGGGAUUUUUAUGAUAGCUUUGAGACAAUGAGAACUCAAACUCUUGCGAUACUGUGUGAGAUACAUUUAAUACUGUUGAGUCGUGGAAUUACCGCGAAAGAACCUCCUCUACGUGAACACAUGCCAGAAAAUGCUCGUGUAGCGGACGAAACAUAUUUACAUUUACGUGAUUGGAUCAUACUCCGUGAUUACAUGAAUAGUCUUGAAUACUUUACUCAAGUAUUUGAGCAUACAAUUUUUAUGCUAGAAGAAUAGAAAUUAUUGUAGAAAAUAUCAACCUGCAACAGCCAGACAACGACUUCUUCAUAAUAUACAAAAAAAAAAAAGUCUGGAAAGUUCAACCAUCGUUCAUUAAAAGGAUACAAGUAUUUUUAAAAAAAAAAUAUAUAUACAAAUAAAAUAGGUAACUAGACAAAAAAAAAAAAACAAAUUUAUUCAAUGGAAAAAGCACUCAUUAAUAUAUGUACAAAAAUAUUUUAAAUAAUUAUCAUAUUUUAAUGAAAAUUAUAAAUUUCAACAAUAAUUUAUACGUCAUAUGCAUUCAAACUUUUAAAAUUAAAGUUGCAAUUUUUAUUAUUUAUUUUUUUUUAUUAUACAUCUAAUAUAUUUAAUUUUUUGAAUUUUUUAUAUAAAUAUAUAAUUAUUUUUUAUAAUUAAAUAUUCAUCGAUUUUAUUUUAUUUUUUUUAUUUUUUAUAUUAUUUUUGCUUUAAAAAACAUAAAAAAUGUUGAUUUAUUUAGUACCAAAAAAAAAUUGGUGACUAAUAUAAAUAACUAUUUUUUUUGUAUAUAAAAAUGAAACGAAAAAAAAAAUCAUUAUUUAUAUUAUUUAAAAAUAAUUUAUAUAUUUAUAAAAUAAUUCAAAAAAAAAAAUUUAUUUGAUUAUAUUAUUAAAUAAAUAUAUAUUGCUGCUUUAUAAUAGCUUGAUGCGCGUACCUGCAAUCAAUAGAAAAUUUCUUAAAAAACUGUACAUAUUAUAUGUAAUUCAACGGAGUAAAAAAAAAAAAAAUUAUCAAGUUUAUUUAACGGUAUACAUGUGUGUGUCGUCAAGAGUCAUAUCAGCAUUUUCGAUUUUUUUUUUGUUAAAAUAUGUUAUUCUAAAAAUGACUAACGACUAUAUCAUUAAAACAUAUCAGCAUUCUUUUACCGAUAAACAUAAAAAUUUUAAAAGUAAAAAGAAAAAAAAAACCCAAAAUGAUUCAUUGUUGUUGUUUUGUAUUAUCAAAUAGAUAAAAUUUUGAAAAAAAAAAAGAAAUAUUUUUUCCAAUGAAGGAUGCAAUAUGCAAGAUAUUUUUAAAUGAAAUUUUCCCGCAAUAAUUCGGGCUAUUUUUAAUAGUAUACAUAUAUUAUAUUUAAAGAAGAAAAAAAAAUUUUUUUUUUUUUUACAUUGUAAGCGUGAUGAAAGUGGAUUAACAAAUGUAUUAUUUAUUUUGAAAAAAGACAGAAAGUGAAAGAAAGAUAAUUGAAGUUGAAAAAGAAAAAGAAAAAUGAAUGAUUUUUUUUUCUUUUUUUUUUUUUUUAAUGGCUUGUCAGGGUAUAUUCAAUUGGACAUGAUAAAACGCGGAUUUUGUAUAGUCAUAUAGGUGAAAAUAAAAUUAAAAAAAAAAUUAUUCUUAAAUAUAUAUAUACGAGACACAUACACAAACACAGUAUUCGCUUGCUCUACCUGACGAGUAAAAAAAGCAUAAAUAAAAAAAAAGAAGGAAAAUCAUUGAAAAAAAAAAAAA